CGACUAUCAAUCUUUCAUCACACACCUUACCGUCCCCAACUCAUCAACCCUUUUUCUCCCACCUCAUCAACGACAACCACUUAUUCUGCUCAAAAAUACCAUCAUAUCUUCCUAAAACUUCACCGCACGAUACCCUUUUCUUUUUCUACGACUUCCACACAACCACCACAAUGUUCCGCCGUCUCGUAACAGUCGCUCCCCGCGCCGCGGGCGUUCUCUCGCCUCGCAUCAUCGCCCCCGCCGUCGCCGGCGUGCAGCAGCAGACCCAGACCUCGAGCCUGCGCGCUUCCACCCCCUCGCCUCUCCAGCAGCAGCGCCGGGGCUACCACGAGAAGGUGCUCGACCACUACUCCAACCCCCGCAACGUGGGCUCGAUGGCCAAGAGCGUCGACGUCGGCACGGGUCUCGUCGGUGCCCCGGCCUGCGGUGACGUGAUGAAGCUCCAGAUCCGCGUCGACAAGGACACCAACGUGAUCAGCGACGUCAAGUUCAAGACCUUCGGCUGCGGCAGCGCCAUCGCCAGCUCCAGCUACCUGACCGAGUUGGUCCGCGGCAUGACCCUCGACGAGGCCGCCAAGAUCCGCAACACUGAUAUCGCCAAGGAGCUGUGCUUGCCUCCUGUCAAGUUGCACUGCUCCAUGCUCGCUGAGGAUGCCAUCAAGUCCGCCAUCUCCGAUUACUACACCAAGAACCCCAAGGCUGUCAAGACCAACCUGGCGGGUACUGGUGCCUCGAUCCCGGACCUCCAUGCUCAGCCCGAGAAGGCGGCCCCUGUCGCCUAAAUACGACAAAAAAAAAAAAA